AUGAGCUCAGAAUUUCAUCAGUACGGACCAAGAUAUUUAACAGAUCAUUGGGUCCUGCCAACUUUGUUUUUUGAUACAAACAUUAUGGCCCAAUCAAGUUUAAAGCAGUAUCUUCGCUCUCUUCGCUGGACUCCUUUACCAGUUGGUGUUGGCUUGGCACUAAUUGCAUUCCAACAGUAUAGACACACUCGAAAGAGGGAAGCUGCAAAACUUGGUCGGUUGGACCCGUGCGACUGCUUAGCCGAUGAAUGGGAAGUUGAAGCGUACAAGUUACUACCUCUCCGAUCAUUCUCAAGAGCCUGGGGUUGGGUAAAUGCAUUAGAGUUGCCAGAAUGGUCUAGGAAGUCUGUUCUAGGGCUCUACGUGCGAACAUUUGGAUGCAACAUGGCCGAAGCCGAAGUAGAGGAUCUUGGUAAAUACAGGUGUCUCUCAGAACUGUUUCGACGCUCAUUGAAAGAUGGCUUGCGUCCAGUAGAUGUGUCUGCCUCUGUAGUCAGCCCAGUUGAUGGCAGAAUUGUCUCCUUUGGUGUUGUUAGCUGUGGCACUCUGGAUCAGGUUAAGGGUGUGUCAUAUCCUUUGCGAAAGUUUCUGGGUCCCAACUGCUGGAGAGAAGGAGGACCCAUGGUUGUGAAUAAGGAUAAUGAUGAUUGUUUCCACCGUACGUGCCUUGGAGACUGUGAUAAUAACAAGCUGUACCAAUGUGUUAUCUACCUAGCACCUGGUGAUUACCACCGCUUUCAUUCCUGCACCGAUUGGAAAGUGAUAUUUCGGCGACACUUCCCGGGAGAACUGUUAAGUGUGAAUCCAUCCAUAGCAGCGUGGGUCAGAAAUCUAUUUGUGUUGAAUGAAAGAGUCAGUUAUGUGGGCUAUUGGAAGCAUGGAUUCUUCUCUAUGACAGCAGUUGGUGCUACCAAUGUUGGCUCUAUCAAAGUGUACUUUGAUGAGGGACUCAGAACAAAUGAGAAACAGUGGAAAACCAGUAUGUUCCAUGACAAGCACUUUAAAGAUAAACCCAUUGAGCUUUGCAGAGGAGGAGAGUUUGGGGAAUUCAACUUGGGUUCUACCAUUGUUCUUGUCUUUGAAGCUCCAAAAGAUACUAUGACUCUGAUUGAAAUUGGACAGAAAGUAAGAAUGGGCCAGGCAUUAUUCAGGAUACCCCAUUCACAUGUAAGGAAAACUAUAUCAGAAAUUUCUCAUCCAGGUCCACAAAGGUAGACUUGUUUCAUGUACGGUAUAAUUUUGUGUCUAAAAUAAUAUUUAAGAAGAAAAAUCAUUUCUGGAGAAUUUUUCGGUUAACUGGAAUAAUUUUGGGAAAGUUCCAGUUAAUUAUGGAAUCAAAAUAUUUUAAUUGAUAAAUUUUACUAAGAAGUACAGGACCUUAUUGUAGUCAUCAAAAUGAAAGUAGCCAGACAUAGAUAAAAGUGUGAUGUAACUUUAAGUGCUACGUGAAGUCAAUUAGAUGUCAUCGCAGAAUUAUGUUAGCUAUAAAUGCUGCCAUAUUUUUUAUUAUUUUUUAUUUGAUUUCCAUUUUUCUUUUAUAUACAGUAUUUAACUGUUGUAUUCUGAGCACCUCUGCAAAAACAGUGAUAAUGUGUGAGUGUGGUGAAAGUGUUGAAUGAUGAUGAAAGUAUUUUCUUUUUGGGGAUUUUCUUUCUUUUUUGGGUCACCCUGCCUCGGUGGGAGACGGCCGACUUGUUGAAAAAAAAAAAAAAAUUUAAGGAUGGAUAUGGUACAACCGAGUUGUGCAGAGAUGUAGUACAAGGGAUAACAGAACGACGGAGCAUGCUGUAAAUAAUGGCUUUGCUGUAGCUACAUUUAAUCUAAAGAUUCAUUUUAGAAAUGUGAAAUAGCUAUUAUGGAACAAGUGAACCAACAUUGAUGAAAUAUAAUGGAGGUAAGAGAAGCACUGUAAUAUUUCACCUUUUCUAAACAAAUAACCCACACAUUGAAUGACACUUUGGACGAUGUUUCGGUCUGACUUGGAUUAUUAACUAGUCACCCUUUCUAGUCUGGUGAAGAGAGCCUGAAUGUGAGAGCAAAUAUACAGUGCUUCUCUUUCUUUUUUUUCUUCUUCUGUGAUUUUGUUUGUACCAGUGAUGAGUAUUUUACAGUAUUACACUCUUAUGUGUUGAUGGGCAUUAUAUUUAGUUGAGACAAGAGCUUCAGCUCUAAGACUGACCUCAAAGACUAACAGCAGCAAUGAUUAGCUUGUAAAUGCAGAUCACUAACUUAAAGUACUCUGAUAUCUUCAUUAUAUAUGCCACACCCAUCCUGUGGGUGGUAGUCUAGAUUACACAGGUACAUAUAUGUAAUGGGUUCAAGAAUUGGGUCCCAAUAUUUACAUUUGCUAACAAGCUACACUAGUGUUGAACUAUUCAAGUUUGCACAGUCACAAAACAUUGUAGUUAUAUUUGGUUAUUAGUUAAUUAUGAGUUAUUUACAAAGGGCGGUCAGGAUAUUUUACCAAAAUGGAUUAUAAUGUGCUACUGUGGAUAAAAUACUUUGAAUUUCUUGAACAUUUGUGAGUGAAUUGUCUCAGAAUUCAGUUUUUCACAUUCCAGCACAGAUUACACACACACAUCCAAACCUACAAAUGGGAUAAUCACAAACCAAUUAAUUAUUUACAUCUGUUUAGCCACAAUAUGAACAUGUUUGAACAUUACCAUCCUCUGUACUUUAUUAAACUACAGAACAGGUGGAGUUUGAACCCAUAUUAAGUGAGUCAUGGGUUCAAACUCUACCCAUUCCACGAUUUGUUUGCAAUCUUCUUGUGAUUUCGUGAGUCAUCUGGUUUAUUAAUUAGGAACUCUUUACAUGGAAUGAGACAGCUUGAUUGAGACCAUUUGUAUUAAUGUUGGUAGAUUUACUGACAAUAUGUUAGGUUAAAGGACACAAGUGCAGCUAAUGUGACGUCUUACUGCGGCAACGUUUCGUGUUAAUGUUUUGAGAAAUGGUAUGAUGAUGCCAACAAGAUGUGGAAAAAGACAUGUACAGUCCAUGACACUUAUUAGAUGAAAUAUCACACCAUGAGUGGCUUCUUCAGUCCUCCAGAAGCCAUUUGUGGUACAGUGUUAACUAAAAUAAAUGUCCUACACUGUCUUUUUCCACUACGAUCUUUUGGUGUGUGUUCACAAAUAAAUGUAACACGCUUGAAAACAAUCAUUUUAGAGACGAGUAGAUUCAGGUUGUAACGAUAACUUUAUUUCCCAAGAAUAUACACUAGUUACGAGAGAAGGGUAACAGUAUACUGUAUAGUGUAUCUUGCAAAAAAAAAAAAAAAUCCCUAGUUAUGCAUAGCAUUUGAAGCAGUCUAAAAGUAGCACUAAUACACACAGAAUACACUAAAAUUCAAUAAUUUUACAAUGCAAGUUUUUGUGAAAAUUAGGCAUUUAACCCUUUGACUGUUUAUGCCAUAUACAUACUGAGAGCGUAUAAAUCUGAAGGUGAAGGAAGGCGGGGUAGAGGUCACCAUCACUACACACUACACUACACUCACCAUCACUACACACUACACUACACUCACCAUCACUACAUACUACACUACACUCACCAUCACAACACACUACACUACUCACCAUCACUACAUACUACACUACACUCACCAUCACAACACACUACACUACUCACCAUCACUACACUACACUGACCAUCA